AUGGACGGAGAGGAACCCGAAGGAGGCUACGCCGAAGUGGGGAGUCUCCUUCGGGGAGAAAAGAAUAUUGAAGAAAGAAAGAUAAAUAUAUUUCUUUCUUUCUUUCUUUCUUUCUUUCUUUCUUUCUUUCUCCCUUUCACUUCACUUUAUCAUUUUUUUCUCUCUUUCAACUUCUACCUUUUUCUGAUUUUCUUUUUCGUCUUUUUACUAUUUUUCUCACUUCCUCUCCCUCUCCAUUUCCCUAUCAUUUUCUCUCGUUUUUUUUUUCGUCUCUUUCAUCCUCUCAGUCACGCUGGUUCUUUUUCCUUAUCAGACUUUUACUCACGAUUUCUCCCUUCUUUCAUUUUCUUUUUUUUUUUUCCUUAUUUCUUAAUUGUAAUUGUCCUUCUCUCUCUCUCUCUUUCGCUCUCCCUCUCUCUCUAUCUCACCGUCUGUCUCUUAAUCCUCUUCUCUUACUUUCUACAUUUUACACCCUCACACUUCACUUACUUUUUUUCAUUUUCUUUUCUCGUUUUCCAUCGUUCUUCGAUUAAUUCUCUAUCUAUCUACCUAUCUAUCUAUUUCAGGCUGUUCAUCUCUCUCUCUCUCUCUCUCUCUCUCUCUCUCUCUCUCUUUAUCUAUCCGUCUAUUUAUUUCAGGCUGUUCAUAUCUAUCUAUCUAUCUAUCUAUCUAUUCUGUUCAUAUCUAUCUAUCUAUCUGUUUCGGUCUUAUUUUCCUUUUAAUUCUCUAUUUCUUUCUUUCUUUCUCCUGACUUUCCUCUUUCUUUUCACUCCCUUUCUCACUAUAUUCAUUGUUUCUGUCUCUUUCCUAAAUGAUAUUGAUUCACAGCCAGUUCUAUUUCUCAAUUACGUUCGUUUUUUCUCUCUUUUUCUUUCCUCGUCAUAUUUUCACCCUCUCUAA